GCAGAGCCGGGGCUGGUGCUUGGGGCACCUCCCCUGCACCCAGAUGUCCCCUGUACCCCCCGGGGACUGUCCCCAAGCACCCCUCUGUGCGGAGACUCUAGCCUUGAGAAAGAGGCCUGCAGGUAUUUCCCCUUCCUGCCCGAGGUUGGGAAAUGCAUCUGUGGGGCCCCAUGGGGAGCCCCCACGUGGCAUCUGGACAGCAGCUGCUGCUCCCCAUGCCGGGCUGUGCCUCAGCCACCCUUGGAGGCAGGAGACAGUGGGGCAGAAUGUGGUUCCGCAUUCAGCACCCGAAGCUGAACUUUGAUGGGGGUGAGCUGGGGACGUGGAGACGGGGAGAGGAACCAGGAGUGGCGGUUGGGAGGCUGAGUCCCACAGGGGUGCGUGCAGGGUCCUGGGUAAGGCUGGCUGGGGACAGAGCCCAGGCAGCCUGGGCGGGAUCCGCAGAAGUCUGUGAUUGGAGGGAAAGAUGGCAACCCUGUCUGCCAGCACAGCAGCCCCAGCAUGACAGUAUAACUGGAGAUUUGGGGCCUUUCCGAGCCCCGGGAGCUUCCAGGGGCUCCCAGCUGUGCUGGGACUGGAGGCCUGGGUGUGUGUGUGCAUGCCUGUCCUGGCACGCACUGCCCGCGGUGAGCACAGGAGGGCACACAUGGGUGUGUCCACGUGCCGGCACACACAGGCGUCCUAUAGCUGCCCGUGUAACCGUUAUUGAGUGCCUACUGUGUACUCGGCCCUGCAUCCCGUACAAGACGGCCUUGGCCCCUGCCUCACUGAGUGACGCUGUGGUCACAGAGACAGAGGGCGCACAGAUGCACAAAUAACAGCUCAAGGUAGCUGCAGAGUCCGAGGGCUGGGGCAGGGAGGACUGGAGGCCGCCCUCCCACCUGCAGUGACACGUGGGCACCGAGCUAUCUUAUUUACUGCUGACUCGGUUAUCGUCCUGUCAUCUGCCCCCACUGGACUCAGCUCCAGCAGGGCGGGGAUGUCUCUGCUCUGUUCCCUGCUGGGUCCCCCGUGCCUGGAAGCGUGCCCGGCACAUGACAGCGCUCAGUAGAUGUUAGCAUGGAGUGGGAGUUCUAUGGGCGAGGUCGUGCAUUCGGGGUUCAGUAGAUAUGGUAGGAGUUCGGGAGUUGUCAUUGCACGGUUAGGGCUCUGCAGGGAGAGGAGGCAGAGCCUGGAGUGAUGCUGUGUCCACGAGCCAAGGACUACCUGGAGCCGCCAGAAGCUGGGAGGGACGAGGAACAGCAUCGCCCCCAGAGGCUCCGGAGGGAGCCGUGAUGUCAGGCUUCUGGCCCCCAGAGCUGUGAGGGAAUGCAUGGCCGUGGUUUGAAGCCGCCCGGUCUGCGGUCAUUCAUUACGGCAGCAGCCGAAACAAGUACAGGCUUGCCUGCGUGCCCCAGCCCCGGUGCUGAAGGGCCGCUCGGGGUGGCUGUCUUCUUGGGGGAGCCCCCCCGACUCCCCCGUCUGGGGACAAGCCUCUGGCAGCAGGAAAGUGGACAUCCUGUCUCCAGGUCCCCCACCUUUGCCACCAGGACAUCCUUCCCUUGUCUCGUCUAUGCUUCCUGCUGUACGAGGCUGUUUCCUCUUGGCCGGGCCACGGGCAGCAGCUGCAAAGGAGCUGGCGGGCGCCGAGCCAGCCAGGUCUUCUGCAGGGGGACCUCAAGGGCACCUGCCCAGCCACCCGCCCGCCUGCCCACCCGCAGGGCCUGUUUCCGCGGUGACGCCACGUCUGCCAAGCAGCCAGGCGGCCUCUGCCCUCUCCCGAGGUCGCUCGUGUCUUGAAUCUCCUGUGCCUGGAACCUCUCCCUCCAGAAACUUCGAUGCUCUCAGGAAGGAAAACAUUUACGAGAACAACAAACUGGCCUUCCGCGUGGCAGAGGAGCAGUUGGGCAUCCCGGCCCUGCUGGAUGCCGAGGACAUGGUGGCCCUGAAGGUGCCCGACCGGCUGAGUAUCCUGACCUACGUGUCUCAAUACUACAAUUACUUCCACGGGCGCUCCCCCAUUGGGGGCAUGGCCGGUGUGAAGAGGCCGCCAUCUGGCUCUGAUGAGGAACCGACAGGGAAGAAGGCCCCGUCCCAGCCCGCCAGGCCCUCGCCCACCCCGGCCCGGGGGCAGCCGCUGUCUCCAGUUCGUACAAACCCCAUCGUCCAGCAGAAGGAUGGGGGUGCCAAGGGGACCCCCCCAAAGGCUGGCCAGGCCUCGGUGGGCAGCUCCGUCAGCAGCAUCUGUGGGGUCUGCGGCCAGUACGUGCACCUCGUGCAGCGACACCUGGCUGACGGGAAGCUCUACCAUCGUAGCUGCUUCAGGUGUCAGCAGUGCUCCAACACGCUGCACUCGGGGGCCUACAGGGCCACAGGAGAGCCCGGCGUCUUCGUCUGCUCCAGCCAUCAGCCCAAAGCCCCCUCUGCUAGCCCCAAGUUGCCAGGCUGGGACCCCAGACCGCCAGGGGCCACCCCUGUGGACUCCAAGCCCCCCAGCGCCCCGCGGAAGGCCCAGGAGGCGAGCGGGCAGAAGGAGGCGGGGCCUAAGGCCAGGCCAGCAACCUGGGAGCCUGUGGUGGGCAACUCAACUGCCAAAGGUUUCGCUCCAGCCGCAGCUGACCCUCCGGCCACCACCUCCUCCCACGCCCCGGGGGGGAGCCCAGCCGGGUCCCGGCCCUCAGCAGGCCUGCUGGGCGGCAAAGCCAGCACGCGCGUGACCAACAGCUCCCCGACAGGGUGGUCGUCGCCGGCACGGGGCCCGGUGACCGUCAGCCCCCGUCCUGCCCCGACCUCGAGUGCCCCGGACCCUCGCUCGGCCACCCCACCAAGCCGGGCAACCCCCCACGUGGCAGCCCCCCAGACCAAGCUCAGUUCCAGCCCAGCAUCUCCGGGCCCCGCGGAGGCCCCUGCCUGGACCCCGGCAGCCUCCAGGACCCAGCAGGCCCGGGAGCGCUUCUUCCAGGCGCCUGGAGCCGCGCCCAGCCCCGGCCCCGCUGCCAGGGCCCCGGCUCCCGCAGCCACGCCCGCAGCCACGCCCGCAGCCACGCCGCCUGGGGACAGCAGUAGGGAGCAGGCACGGAGCUUCCUCCGGAAAACCCUGCCGGGGCUCGGGGAGGCUGGCACCCCGGCACCCCGCAGGCCCUCCCCAACUACCUCCCCUGCUCUGAAUUCCCAUCCCAGAACUGAAGGGCCACGAGCAAGUCCAUCCGCCAAGCUGUCACCGUCACCAUCUCCUCAGGCCCACCCCCCUUCAAGGACUGAGCUGCCAGCCCCCCUGAGUGUGAGCACCACCUCACGGGCAUCGACGCCGCCCCAGCUGGGCAGGAAGAGCUCAGCUGUGUCCUCAGAGGUCAGCAGGGUGGGUGCUGGCUCCAGGCUGAAGCCGGAGGCCCCACCGGCAAAGGGCCCUAGUGCCAGCCCCCAGGAAGGCCAGGAGGAUGGGCCGGCAGGAUGGAGGGCCCGCCUGAAGCCCGUGGAGAAGAAGGACCACACUGAGAGGGCCCUGGAGCCAAAGGAGCCUCAGGUCCCAGGGGAGCCUCUGGUGGGCAAAGCCCCCCGGAAGGUCUCUGGUGGCUCAGAGGGGGGCGUCCGCAUCACCCUGACCCCUGUGCGGCCUCAAAGGACGCCGAGCCCGCCCCGCCCCGGACCUGGCCUCUCAGCUGCAUCCCCCUCCCCGUCCCCGUCCCCGUCCCGACGCAGGAAGCUGGCCGUCCCUGCCAGCCUGGACAUUUCUGACAACUGGCUUCGGUCCGAGCCGUCGGGGCAGGAAGGCCCAGCCUGGAGCCAGAAGGAGGAGGAGAAGCCCCCUCACAGCAAACCAGGGAGGCCCCCGGCUCCGGCCAGUGUCCCGGCUCCACGUGGCAAGGCAGUGACCUCCCCAGUCAGGCUGCACCCUGACUUCGUGCCCCCGGAAGAGAUCCAGCGGCAGGUGCAGGACAUCGAGCGGCAGCUGGACGCCCUGGAGCUCAGCGGCGUGGAGCUGGAGAAGCGCCUGCGGGCCGCCGAGGGGGACGCCUCGGAGGACGCGCUCAUGGUGGACUGGUUCCGGCUCAUUCACGAGAAGCAGCUGCUGCUGCGGCUGGAGUCGGAGCUGAUGUACAAGGCCAGGGAGCAGCGCCUGGAGGAGCAGCAGCUGGACAUCGAGGGGGAGCUGCGCCGGCUGAUGGCCAAGCCCGAGGGUCUGAAGUCACCCCAGGACCGGCGACGGGAGCAGGAGCUGCUGAACCAGUACGUGGACACGGUGAAUGACCGCAGCGACAUCAUCGACUCCCUGGACGAGGACCGGCUCAGAGAGCGGGAGGAGGACGAGGUGCUCCAGAACAUGAUCCAGAAGCUGGACCUGCAGAGAAGCGGCGGGUCCCAGAGGAAGAAACCGAGGUUCCGUCUGUCCAGCAUCUGGUCCCCGAGGAGCAGAAGCAGGACCCCCGAGUGAGCCGCCGCAGGACCCCCGCCUGGCUGAGCAGGGCGCACCGAGGGGCGGGGCCGGGCCGUGGGGACCGCACACCCUCUCUGCGGGCCCGAGUGGCCCUAAUAAAGAGACUCUGCUCGUG